AUGAGAAUUACAAAGAAUAAAACUGACGGAGAUGAAUUUGUUCUUAAAACACUGGCCCACUGUGAUGGAUGGACAUUAUUUUUCAGAUGUAAAUCAAAUUGUCAAACUUCGAUGGAAAAUGAUUUGAGGAUUGAAACUCGGAGGCAACGCAUAGAAUUCAAUCAUUCUGAAUGUGCUGCUCAAUCACCGACACCUGCAAAAAUUGUUCGUGGUUGA